GGUCACAUUAAACAAUUACAUGUAUUGCCUCUCAGAACGGGAGAUAAGGAGUGUUAGUAUUGUAACAUGCUUGUUGACUUUCUUUUCUAAUACUUUGCACACCGAAUGUCGAAUAGCAAUAGUAUAACAACGAAAAUGAAGAAACCACCGAAUAUCUUGGUCACUGUGUCUUCAAAGAAAGCCAUGACCACAAAGAAAGGAUCUCAUACAUCUGGGUCUGGAACACAAAGCAAAUACAAUCUCAGUGUUUUGAAUCGCAGCAUGGUUGGUUCAUCUAGCAGAAAGAGUGUCAGUCUACACAUGGACAGUAAAAUAAUGGACAAAAGCAAUCUUUUAAACCUUAAGCAAAACAUUCAGGUGUAUGAUGAUCAGGGAAGAGAUGUGACACCUCGGCCUCUUUUUCAACCAGAUACAAGUGCCAUUCAACAGAAACAAAGCAAAAUGUUCAAUACAUUGGAUACAUCAGUUGUUGGAUCUUCUGAUUUUCCUUCUUCAUUGUCCCUGUAUCAGACUAGUGCCAAUGCUAGUUUUGCAGGACCUUUUACAAGGUCAACUUUUGGGAGUAGCACUGUUUCUAGAUCAAGUCAUUCUACAGAGUCAAUGACUGAAGAAAUUGAAGAACCUGGUGCUAGAUCUGACCUGGGUCACAGCAUUUCUGAUGUACAGGUAAUACGAGAAGAUGUGCGGGAGCACUUAACUGAUAAACUCUUGGAGAAAAUGAUUGACAUACAACUUAGUGAGACAGAAACAAUUUGGUUAUUAGACCUGCCAGCUGUUAUGGUUUCUGUGGAGUCAGAAGAAGCUGAAAUGAUCAAGAGAAAAAAUGAAACUUACAUCGAACUGUGCAAAAACCAUGCUGGUAAUGAUCGAUAUACAGAAAGAAUGACUCAGACAUUUAAUGGUGCACCCAAGACUAAAGAGGUUCAGUGUGAGAAAAUCAGUAUGGAACAUGCUGGUGUAAUGGCAACUAAUUGGGAUAUGUAUGAUUCAUACUUAACAAAAACAAGUGAGCAGCCUGCAGAUACUGAUGUAGCAGAAAAAAGGCAUAGAUCAUUAAGUAUAUCAGGGAGUCAAAUCGAAGGAAGCAGAGGAAUGGAAAAAACAAUGUCUAUGAGUUCCACUGGAAAAGAAAGUCGAUCCAGUUCUAUAAUGGAUGUGGAAAGUAUUAUUCUGGCCCGAAUACAGGAGAAAGUUGAGCAGGAUCCAGAUGAAAUCCUUAAGUCUGAAAAUUUUCAUAAGCACUUAUUCUUUAUGGAGCGAGUUCUUAUGGAAAAUAUCUUUCAGAGCAAACUAGCAGCAUAUCGACAGUUGCCUAUUUUAACAGAUCCAGAUUUUAAACCAGAACCUUUGGAAGAAGGGCAAGUAAAUGCAGUUGAAGUAAAAAGUAUGGCACCUAGUUUGGAUCGACUAUGGUCUUUUACUUGUGAACUGACAAAAGGUCAUAAUGUAAGCAGCACAGCAUGGAACAAAAAGAACUCUGAUCUUUUGGCUGUAGGCUAUGGACAAUUUGGAUUUAAAGAACAGAAAAGUGGUCUUGUCUGCUGCUGGUCACUGAAGAAUCCAGUGUGGCCAGAAUGCAUCUUCCAAUGUGAGGCUGGUGUUACGUCACUGGAUUUUUCAGCAGCUAACCCUAAUCUUCUGGCAGUUGGAAUGUAUGAUGGCAUAAUUGCAGUCUACAAUGUACAGAUGAAGCAAGAUAUUCCUGUUCUCGAUAACAGUGACUUUGCAAGUAAGCAUGCUGGUCCAGUGUGGCAAGUGAAGUGGAUUGAACAGGAUAGAGGAGUAAUUGGAGAAGAUAAAGGAGAAACCUUAAUUUCAAUAGCAGCUGAUGGCCGAAUUACCAAGUGGUAUAUGAGGAAGGGACUUGAUCCUGCUGAUCUAAUGAAACUUCGAAGAACAGGAACUGAGAAAUCAAAGAAACCAGCACCUGAAAAAGAACGGAAAAUUGCUGCAUUUAUUUCUCGACAGGCACCUGGAAUGUGUUUUGACUUUAACCCAAAAGACACAAAUAUUUACUUGGCUGGAACAGAAGAGGGACUCAUUCAUAAAUGCUCAUGUUCAUACAAUGAGCAGUUUUUAGACACAUACAGGAAUCACAAGGGUCCUGUGCACAAAAUUAUGUGGUCUCCAUUCUGCCAUGAUGUGUUUUUAAGUUGUUCUUCAGAUUGGAGUAUUAGCCUGUGGCGACAAGAUUUACUAAAACCAGUUCUAAAUUUUUCAUCUUCCACAAAAUCAGUGCACGAAAUUAUCUGGUCCCCAAAGUCAGCUACGCUAUUUGGAGCAGUAAAUGAAGGCAGACUAGAAAUAUGGGAUCUUAACACAAGCAUUUUGGAUCCAAUUAUUGUGAGCUCAUCCAGACCUGAUACGAAGUUAACAACUGUUCUGUUUACCAAAAAUACAGACUGUGUUUUGAUUGGUGACAGUGAUGGACAAGUCAGUGUUUUUGAAAUGAGGAACCUGCCAAAAGUUACUCAGGUCAGUGCACUAUAUGACAUAAUUGGGAGUACUUUGGCCAGUCAGCUGUAGAUUAUGAACCUAGUUGAAAAACAUCACAAAGAGAACAUAUGCUCAUUCUGGAUUCUUUCGGACAAUUGAGUUGUAAUAUUUGUAUUUAUACAUUUGCACAAAAUAAAUAUGCUUUCCAAGCAUUUUGCCUGGAUUUACUACAGAAUAAACCAUAAUUAAUUAUU